CCGAGAAACUGUCAAAGCUGUCAAACUAAAUUUAUAAAAAAUCUUGUAAAUAGAAAAUGAAGUUAUUUAUUUUAACUUUUCUACUCUAUUUCCUUAUUUCCCCUUCUAAUUUGCAACUUCUCAUCAAUGUAAGAAAUCAGGGCGGCGAUGUGGUGCAGGAGACCAUCACGGCGAACGUGUCGGAGGACACGGUGACGCUGGAGUUUUUGCGGACGGACGGCGUCUUCGUCUCGCAGAUCGUCGAUUUCGCUAAUGAAGUGGAGGCCAUGAAGGUGGUGAUCCCAGCAGAGGAGGAGCUGGGGCAGACUGGUGUGCAGACCUUGUGCUUCCUGACACACGCUGCGCAGGCUGACUUUAUUGCACCCGAUGCCAUGGCCAAGCUGAGACAGAAAAACCCAGGUACGGUCCGAGUAGCAGAGGAAGCCCGUGGCUGGAGACAGACCACGGCCACGGCAUCAGGCGCACGCGCCGUUGCGUUGCUGUCCUCACCUGCUGCUCGGCACUGUGCACAAGCUAGGGACAAGGUGUACCUGCGCCAGGCUGAUCUGGCGCGCUGGGCGCCUAGACCAGGCCUAGAUCAAUCGUCGUACGGCAGUCUAGUGACACCGUUCCCAGCGCGCGCCCUGGACACGGAUGGCGCCGCGCUGCCGCCCUGUGUGAGCGAGACCGACAGGGGGAAAGAGUGCAUCUGUCACUUGGAGGUCUGUGUAAACUGGUACCCUUGUGGUCUCAAGUACUGCAAGGGCAAGCCACAGGGAGGUUUAAGCUACCGCUGCGGCAUCAAGACCUGCCACCGCUGUUACCGCUACCAUUUCUAUGUACAGUUCCGGCACAACUGCUACAACUACACGUGACCCCACGCCCCGCCUCCGCACCAAAUGUUUCUAGUCGCUUCUACCAUUAUUCUUAGCUCUAUUUUUAUAACCUCAGUUUUGUAAUGUGACAAUAUUUACUUGUAAAUAUUUUGCUAAGACUGUAUUUUUUGUGAUAAGCAAAAAUGAAUGACUGUCUUUUU